AUUGUCUUUGAUUGUUUCGUACAGGGAAUUAUCCGCAACUUUCAGUGAGCACCACCAUGCUGCGUGAGGGUUUGAAGGGCUGCAGCAGUGGCUCGGAGGCGUACAGUAGUGACCCUGAGGAGGAUGAGGAGGAUGAAGAGGACAUGGUGUGUGGGGAGUCGGACCAGGAGGCUAUGGCAGAGGAGAUGAUGGACCUGAGUGACCUGCCCACUGCCCUGUUCGCCUGCAAUGUUCACGACACUGUGUUUGACCACGAAGUACACAGGGAGCGCUUUGAAGCUGUGUUUCGACUCUACGAUGAGCAGGUCACAUUCCAGCUCUUCAAAAGUUUCCGCAGAGUGAGAAUAAACUUCAGCACCCCAGAGGCAGCAGCACGCGCUCGCAUUGAAUUGCACGAGUCUGAGUUCAACGGCAACAAGCUCAAGCUCUACUUCGCUCAAAUCCAGAAUGGAGACGAGGACAUAGAUAAGUCAUACCUGGCUCCCCCUCAGCCUGUGAAGCAGUUCCUGAUCUCCCCUCCAGCUUCUCCUCCUGUGGGCUGGAGCCAGAGCGAAGACGCCACCCCAGUCAUCAACUAUGACCUGCUGUGUGCUGUGGCCAAACUGGGACCAGGUGAGAAGUACGAGCUGCACGCGGGCACAGAGUCCACCCCCAGUGUUGUGGUGCACGUGUGUGAGAGCGAGACGGAGGAAGAGGAGGGAGCUCGGCCGAAGCAGCAGAUCGUCCAGACCAGACGCCCCGACGGCCCCCCCAAAGUCUGCAACUAGACCCCCGCCACCUCCACCCACCCACACACACCUGUCCUUAUCCUGACAGCAGUGUGCCCUGUCUGAGCGCCGCGCCCCUCAUUUCAGAUCACUCCAAAGCAAAACGGACAUGGCUGUGCAAACGUGUUUUUGGGAGAGGAAUGAGGCGGCUACGACCUAAAGAUGGAUCACUCACAUCACAUGGUGCGGGCGGCGGGCAUGAGCAGCGGCCCCUACAGGACCCUCUGUGUAAGUGCGGUCAGACACCUGUCACGCCAGGCACCAUCCAGCUCAUCGCUUGUCACCAUUCACAGUACCUCUCCGUAACCUGUGGACUCUUUUGGUUCUGUUUGUACUUGAUUUGGAAGUUCAUUCGUAUCAGGUUGUCUGCUUGUAAAUACUAUAUUCAUACAUUCAAAAUAUUCAACUUUUAGAGCAGGAAAUUAUUAAAAAUCACAGCGCAUUUGUGACUAACCGUUCAAAUAUUAUUGUAAGCAUUGUUUUGUUUUCUGUUUUGUUCAUUUCGGAGAGGUCUUUUUUCAUUUAAAAUAGAUGCCUAACUACAAGUAUGUAUUUGAGACACUUUUGCAUGCUUCUGACUUCUGAGCUGAGGUGUUUUUUAUCUUAAUCUGAUGACAGUGGAGUACAACAGUGCAUAUCCUCACAGUGGUGUCUUAUGGGAACAUUCAUUUUUAUAACAAAAAAAUAAAAUUAAAUAAAAAUAAUAUAACUGACAGCGCAAAGACAAUUCACAGCUUUCUUCUAAUGAAAACUAUUAUAGAUUGCCCAGUUCUGUCUCCAAACCUCUUGCAUGUUUGGCAAUCUCUAAAUGUCAUUUUCACAAGACUAAUACCAGGUUUUGCUGUAAAUAGCUGAACUGAAUAUUUGUGCUUUUUUAUUUUGUGUAUAGAUCUCUUUAAGCAUUUUUAUAAAUGGAGAAAAGGGAAACAUUGAACGCCUUGUGAAAAAUCAACCAAAGCAUCCACUAUUAUAAUCUGUCAUUUUGUUGAUUUCAUGUUUGAUAACUGUGCCCCUUUAAAUCAGAUCGAUACUGGCUAACUAUCUUGAAACAUCCACCAUUAUGAAAAAAGAGCAAGAAGGUGUACCAUUUUCCUUAAUAACAAAAGAUUUUAUAGUAAUAGAAAAGACAUUACACCAACUUUAGGCAAUUUGGAAGCAUUUUUGAAAAACUAUAAUUAGAUAUUGUAUUGAUACUUUGCAGUGACAUCAUGCUGGGGGGUUUCUGCAUAUAUGUGUAUGGCAAAUUGUUACCACGGUGACACAAUGGGCACACUUGCACAUAAUAACACUGUCAAAAAAGUUUUAAGAUUGUUUGAAAACUCAAGAAAAAAUACAAAAUGGAUUUAAACAACACAUUUUUAGGAGCCUGGGAUCGAUACGAGCGUGCAUGGUCCUGUUUGUGUGUUGGAUUUUCAACAAAAAGGUGAGUGUGACUACCUGAAAAACUGUUGGGUAAUUCUAACUAGCUUGUGACUGUAGUUUUAUCUGUGAGAGACUUGGUUAACAGCACGCAUUUGGUCAGGUUGUGUUAAAUUAAAGCUCAGAUUUAAGUCUGAUUAGAGCCUCAAACAAACCUUCAGAAUAGUGCCUACAGUUAGCGUCACACCCCCAGGGAAUGUUAAUGACAACAGCUGCAAAGUAUCAGCAGUACCCAAAAUAAUAUAUUAAGUGAUUCAUAAAAUAUUCCUUUAUUCAUUCAUCCGACACAGUAACAGUGAAGAUGUCAGUCUUAUCUUAUAACAGGUGGGUGGAUGUUAAUAAAUGACCAUAGCUCCAAGAGAAGGUCAAAUUUUGUAUGCUCCAAUUGUCUCCAGACUGAAUAUGUACUGUAUAAUAUGUCGUAUAUAGUGUUAUCUGUCACCGGGAUUGUAACUUCCGGUGCACGGGCCAUCGCUGCUUCUCCUGCAAAUGUAACAGUGAAAAAUGAGCUGAGAACAAGUCAAACUGAAGUCGUGUGUUGAAUCUGUCUUUCAUUUCUAUAACUCUGCUGUUUGUCCACUGUAACGUUUGUCAAAUCGUUAGUGAAUCUUGUAUCUUGUAUUUGUAGCAAAACAAGCAAUAACUGACACUUGUACGACUCAGUUCUGUGCUGAAACCUGGGAGCUGUCGCGGUAUCUGCUUCUCUUUGUGUAGCAUAUACAACAACUUAUAUUUGUUUGA